UCGACGAAACGAAAAAAAAAAAAAGACUUCACGUUGCUUGUAGCCCUUGACUCGUCACCCUGCGCCUAUCGACAUCCGAGACUAGAGUCAGCCAUCCACCAGCUUCAUUCGAAGAACACGACAUGUCUUGCCAACUUCCACCAGAGAUUGUAGCAUUCAUCUUCAAGCUUGCCUUGCAUGGUCCAGAUGCCACCGCUUGUGCCUUGACAUUGGCGCCGGUGUGCCGAGCAUGCCUUCCCGAUGCCCGUGAAGCACUGUAUCAUACGCCCAACCUCACUCGACACAACAUUGCACGUUUCUUGGAGACGAUGACUGGCUCGGUCAUCGGCGAACCGGCGCCCCACAAAUUGGUCCGCAGAUUGGUCUUUUGCACCACUACGAUGCAAGCGUCGGAGCGACGACUGGCAAGACGACGGUCAGAGCUUGGUAGAUAUGCAGGUUCUGCUUCCCUCAGGAGUGCCGCUGUAUCGACCGGCGCCAAUGCCGUUGCCAACAUUCACGACAGUCAUAACCAUCCGAGCCUUCGACAAGUCCUCGCAACUCUCAUUUGUUGCAAGCAUACGCUCGAAGAGCUCAUGCUUGACCUCACCUGCUCCGCGGUGGCUUGUUCCUGGACGCACUCGCUCAACGAUGACCUCUCCGAGUUUGAACAUGAGCUGGCUUCGCUCUCCAAGCUGCGCGAACUGUCUAUUCGCUCGCCCAAGGGUUGUGAGUCCAGAAGUGAAAACGUGCUCGCCAUUAUUGCUGACCCUCACUACCCUGUCGAUUGCUCGCUAUAGACAUUCCACCUGGGGCGCGCCGACUGUUGCGAGCCGGUCUGGGACGCAACGAGGCGCUGCACAAGCUGAACCUCUUUUGGACUCAUCCCGGCCCUCUGGAAGCCAACACGCAAUCGCUGCGCGAGACACUCUCGGCGUG